AUUUCAGACCAGUCCUGUCCCCCGUGGGCUCCCAGUUCCUCUUGCGCCAACACUGCUCUACAUAUCCCACUUCUAUUUGGCACUUUUCAGACUUUAAACAUUUUUGGCACACUUUGCCAGGAAGCUUUUGUCCCCGCUUUUCUUUUUUUCUUUUUUUUUUUUGAAGCGAACCACCCUCCUGCAUCAGUGUUUCCAUUUGACUUCCUCUCCCUCUGGAUUUGUUUCUGCAGAGUUUCUAAAACAAAGUUUGGAAGUGUGGAUUGUGGAGCUUUGAUUUUUUUUUGUCGUUGAGAGGAAACAUCUCUGUUCCUGUGUGUGUGUGUGUGUGAGAGAGAGAUGCCGGUGGUUGUGAUUGUGAACUGAAACAAAAGAGACUUGGGAGCGGAGCAUCCUCUCUUUUCUCUUUGUUGCAUCUUUGUUUUUUUCACAAGUCUCUGGGAUGUAAGAAGCCACUGAAGCGUUUGUCCCACUUUUUUUUUUGCCUCCACCCACAAAGGAAUUAUUAUAUUUUUUUCGAUUCAUAAGGAGAAAUCUUAUGUUGAACAUGCGGCUUGUUCUGGUUUUAUUCGGAUUAUUUCUACUCUCUUCUCCAUCUGCAAGAGCCGAGCCGGAGCUGCAGGAGGAGGUGGAGGAGGAGAGCUCCUGUCAGGGAGCUUUCGACCUCUAUUUUGUGCUUGACAAGUCAGGCAGUGUGAAGCAUCACUGGGAGGAAAUCUACUACUUUGUGGAAAAUUUAGCAGAGAAAUUCAAAAGUCCAAUGCUGAGGAUGUCCUUCAUAACAUUCUCCUCCAGAGGAACCACCAUCAUGAAACUGACAGAAAACAGGGUUGACAUCAGAAAGGGGCUGAACGCUCUGAAAAAGGAGAUUCCAGGUGGAGAUACGUUCAUGCACCUUGGAUUGCAGAGGGCAAAUGAGCAGAUACACCGAGAGAACUUUGGCACGGCCAGCGUGAUUAUCGCUCUGACAGACGGUGAACUGCAGGAGCAUCAGCUCGUCACCGCACAGCAGGAGGCAGAGAGAGCCAGGUCUCUUGGAGCCAUCGUGUACUGUGUUGGCGUCAAAGACUUCAAUGAAACACAGCUGGCCACCAUUGCAGACACCAUCGAGCACGUGUUUCCUGUGCUGGGAGGCUUCCACGCCCUGCGGGGAGUCAUUGAUUCGAUCAUCAAGAAAUCCUGCAUUGAGAUUUUGGCAGCCGAGCCGUCGAGUGUGUGUGCGGGAGAGUCGUUCCAAGUGGUGGUGAGAGGAAACGGUUUUCUUCACGCCAGAAACAUCGACCAGGUGCUGUGCAGCUUCAAAAUCAACGACACCAUCACAAUAAAUGACAAACCUGCCGGAGUAGAAGACACGUUCUUGUUGUGUCCGGCUCCUGUCGUCGAUGAAGUUGGGAAGGUGAUUUAUCUCCAAGUGAGCAUGAACGAUGGCCUGUCCUUUAUCAGCAGCAACGUGCACAUCACCACCACAGAGUGUUUCGAUGGCACCAUCCUCCUCAUCACGCUGCUGGUGCUGUUCCUGCUGCUCGCUCUGCUUUUCAUGUGGUGGUUCUGGCCUCUAUGCUGCACUGUGGUGAUCAAAGAACCACCUCCUCCACCUCCUCCUGAGCCCGAGUCAGAUGAUGAAGAUGGCCUGCCCAAGAAGAAGUGGCCCACUGUGGAUGCUUCUUAUUAUGGUGGAAGAGGAAUUGGAGGGAUCAAGAGAAUGGAGGUGCGUUGGGGAGGAAAGGGUUCAACCGAGGAGGGCGCGAAACUGGAGAAGCCGAAGAACGCUGUGGUGAAAAUGCCCGAGCAGGAGUACGAACCCUUCGAGCCCAAACCGAAGAAAUCUCACAACAAGAAGGCUCCACAGAACCGGAAGUGGUACACGCCCAUCCGGGGUAAACUGGACGCUAUCUGGGCUCUGUUCCGCCGUGGCUACGACCAGGUUUCCCUGAUGAGACCUCAGCCUGGGGAUCAUGGUCGUUGCAUCAACUUCACAAGAGUCAAGGAGGAGUCAGCCGCAGCAGCCAAGGCUCAACCUCGCACCCCCAUCCACACGCCCUCGCCCCCGCCGCCGGACUACCUCCCCGUGACCCGCACCCCGUCCGCUUCUCCCACCUCCACUACCCCUCCCGCCCGGUCACCGCCAACGGGCCAGGCACUCCCGUGCCCGCCGCCGUCCCGCACCCCCCCGGGGCUUCCCUGUCCACCGCCAUCGCGUCCCCCGCCCACCCUCCGACCUUGAAUCUCACACAGACACACACUCACACACGCGCCUUUCUUCGCCGCCCCCUCCCCCCAAUCACACUCGCUUUGAUUCACAGACUCCCAAUUUGUGGGCUGUGGACUUCGCCGCCGAAGGUACUCCUGCUAUAAACCAAGGGGUUUGAAUCCUUGUCAUGCUGUGUCUUCUCUUCACGUAUGGGAGAGAAUGUCAAGUUAAACAGUGAGCUGGAUAUUUAGUCCUCUUAAACGUUACCGCCUACAAUCCGGCAAAUGAUGCUUGACAUAAGAGAAAGUGAAAUGUUACCAUAUUUUGUUUAGUUUAUUGUGUAUCACAGUGAUUGGUGAAAUUGGUUAAAUCAGCGUCUAAAGAGCAUCGAGCUGUUUGACUUGUCGUUCUAUCCCAUAGACAGUGAAUGGGGUGAGCUGGAGAAAUACUGUUACUUUGUGUUGGGACGAUUGUUGCUGGACAGCAAAGCAUGAUGGGACAGGAAGUCCAAUGGAUGCAAUGGAUGAAAUUUUUUCGUUGUUUUUAAAAAUCAACUACUGAGUUGUGCCAUUGUCAUUGAGAAUCAAGGUGAAAAGUAGGUUGUAAGUGGAAAACUAAGGGUCCGUACAAAGGAGAACGAGAUUAAAGUUUUGUAUCGUAAAACUGGGAGCCCUACAACAAUUUUUUUUAGAAAACCCCAUCGCUGCGUUUUCAUGUGUACAAUCAACACAACUUUAGGAAAUGCUCCAAUUCUUCUUCUUAGUGUUUGGUGUAUUCCCGUGGCAGCAUUACAGCGCCACAUACAGGCCUGGCAUCAAUACCGCAUUUAGAGUUGUU